UUGGAAAGAGGGUUGCGACGAUGGCACUGGAAGGGGUAGAGCAGAGAAUCUCUUCUACACUUACGGAGGAGAGAGAAGGUGAUUUCGAGAGGGGAACGAAGCGUCGCCGGGAGGAUGAACCUAACGCCGGUCUCGUUGGAGCACCUCCAGAUUCGACGUUGGAUCACCAAUCGCCGAAGCGUAUGGCGAAACCUCAGGAUGUGUUGUUUAGGAUAGUCCUCCCUUCGAGGCAGAUAGGGAAAGUGAUUGGUAAAGGCGGUUCUCGAAUCCAAAAGAUCAGAGAAGAGACUCGAGCCAUGAUUAAGAUUGCAGAUGCAAUUGCGCCAUAUGAAGAGCGUGUAAUCAUUAUCAGUUCUGUGGACAAUGAUAGCAAGAUUUCUGAUGCAGAAAAUGCUCUUCUUCUUAUAGGCACGAUUAUUCUUAUGGAUGAUGAUGUCAAUGCUGUUGCCUCAAUUGGUGUUGGACAGGUGACUGUCAAAAUGCUUCGGUUGCUGAUUUCAGGUUCACAAGCAGGAUCGUUGAUUGGGAUGUCCGGUCAGAAUAUCGAGAAAUUGAGGAAUUCAUCUGGUGCCAAUAUCAUGAUUUUGGCUCAAAAUCAGUUCCCUUUGUGUGCUUCUGCUCAUGAAUCCGAUCGCUUGGUGCAGGUGAGCUUGUCUUUUUCUUGAGUUGCAAUUUGUGGA